UCCGAAGUUCAGGAAACGCAGGGAGCUUAGACUUGAGCGAGAGGAAACGGAGGAAGCGCUAAGGCCUGCGCUUCGCGCGGUGCUGGAAGCAAGCGUGACGACAAAGCGAGGAGCAGCGCUCGGUGAAGCUUGUGGAUCAAGGGUCCAGAUUUGGCGGGGGAAGAUUCGGAAUCGCCCGUGCUACUUAAUCCCGUCCGCACUGAUGAGGCCCCGUGUGACCUUUUAGCUUAGCGAAGAGAGAGAGAGAGUGUCUCGAGAGCAAUUUAUCGAUCGAUUUGUCGUGACGAGAAUUGGAAGGAGAGGAGAGGUGAGGUAAUGGCGAUAGCGAGGAUUGGAGCGAUGGGUUUCGCUGUGUGCGUGGGAGUUUUGGUUCUAUUGGCAGCCUCGGUUGCGGAUGUGGAGGCGGCUGGGCUGAGCCGAUUGGCGUUGAAGAAGAAGGCGCUAGAUUUGGAGUCGGUCAAGGCCGCGAGAGUGAGCGUGACCCAGAGAGCGCAGCUGCUGUGCGGAGGAGACAAAGCUGAUGCGGAUGCUUUGGUUUUGACGAACUAUGUGGACGCUCAGUAUUACGGUGAGAUCUCGAUCGGAACUCCGCCGCAGGUGUUCAAUGUUGUGUUCGAUACGGGUAGCUCCAACUUGUGGGUGCCGUCUUCGAAGUGCUACUUCUCUGUCGCGUGCUACUUCCAUGCCAAGUACAAGUCCAGCAAGUCUAGCACUUACAAGGAGGACGGCAGGCAAUUCGCCAUCCAGUAUGGAACCGGAUCCAUGGCUGGGUUUCUGAGCCAAGAUUCGGUCACUUUGGGCGACAUGGUCGUGAAGGGUCAGGUCUUUGCGGAAGCCACCAAAGAGCCGGGAAUCACAUUCCUCGCUGCCAAGUUCGACGGAAUUCUUGGUUUGGGAUUCAAGGAGAUUUCCGUGCAGAGGGUGUCUCCGGUGUGGUACAACGCGCUGGACCAGGGGCUUCUCGCCGAGCCCGUGUUUUCUUUCUGGUUGAAUCGAAAUGCUGAUGAGGCACAGGGAGGAGAGCUUGUUUUCGGAGGUGUUGAUGCCAAGCAUUUCAAGGGAGAACAUGUGUACACGCCUGUUACCAGAAAGGGAUACUGGCAGUUCAACAUGGGCGAUGUUCUGAUCGGCGGAAAGAGCACUGGAUUCUGCAAGGGAGGUUGUGCAGCCAUUGCCGAUUCCGGAACUUCCCUCUUGGCUGGUCCCUCUGUCAUCGUCGCCGAGAUCAAUCAGGCCAUCGGUGCUUCGGGCAUCGUCAGCCAAGAGUGCAAGAUAGGCGUGGAGAAGUAUGGCGAUAUGAUUACGGAUCUUCUCCUGCAGAAGAUGGACCCAUCCAAGGUCUGUGCUCAGGUCGGUGUGUGCAGUGAUCUGUCCUUUGGCCACAUCGAGAGCAUUCUGGAGAAGGAGUUGGGAUCCGAAGAGGUCCUAGACAUGAGGAAGGAUGAUGGAACCUGCGCCGUCUGUCAGAUGGCAGUCGUCUGGGUCCAGAACCAGUUGAGGCAAAACAAAACCAAGGAACAGAUCGAGAACUACCUCAACCAGCUUUGUGAACGACUUCCCAGCCCCAACGGUGAGUCCAUGGUGGAUUGUGCCGCUCUGCCAGGUAUGCCCAAUGUAGCCUUCACCAUCGAGGGCAAGUACUUCGAGCUGACUCCCGAGCAGUACGUUCUGAAAGUGGGAGAUGGCAAAGACGCUCAGUGUAUGAGUGGCUUUUUGGGUCUGGAUGUCCCAGCACCCGCAGGUCCUCUGUGGAUUCUAGGAGAUGUGUUCAUGGGUGUCUACCAUACUGUGUUCGACUACGGAAACUCUCGAAUUGGGUUCGCACCAGCGGCCUAGACAGAUCCAUUUGUGCUCAUUAGCUCUACCAAAAGUACACAUUCUGUGAAUUCUAAUUACCGAUUGUAGAGAACUUGGAAAAUACAACAAACCCGAACCCUAAUCUUCAGUUCUGUUCUUAGAUUUCUGAAAUUAUGGUGUUGUUUGUAACUACUGUACAUAAAGCUAGUUUAGACUUCUCCAGUUUCAUCCAAGCGUAUAUAUGAUUAUCUCGAGACUUUGCUCCAUCAUCAUAGAGGAUGAAAUCUGUACCAUAUUUGACCACACGGUGGCAGUGGAAAGGAAAACGAGAAAAAAAAUACACACAUCUCGCAGUCGAUUUAAUAAUCCUGAGGCACUGAGUGCCGAAGAGCAGGAAGUUGUCGUCCACGAUAUCGACGUUUCUCUCGCAGUUGUAGUCGAGGGUUGUUGGCGUAACAGUUGCGCUGUACAGUACAUGUUGCCUUCCAACAGCGAUCGAUCGGGAAACACCAAGCCCGUUGACAUUUAUACAUAAGGAUCUUUACAUCCUAUUUUGGUAUC